UCUGGGCUCCCCUGUGCUUCCACAGCCCAAAAUAUUAGAAUCUUCAACUUCUUCUGACAAAAAUAAAAAGUCAGCACUUUUUGACAGGAUGUACAGCUUCAUGGGAGGUGGGCUGUUCUGUGCUGGAGUUGGGAACAUACUCCUCAUUGUCUCCACGGCAACUGACUACUGGAUACAAUACCGUCACUCCAGCAAUUACAUGCACCAGGGCCUGUGGCGGUACUGUGUGCCCGAGAAAUGCAUGACACACACAGAGAGCAUUGCUUACCUGGAUGCCACCCGGGUCUUCAUGAUUCUUUCCCUUCUGGCUUGUUUCAUCGGCGUUAUCAUCGGUGUCAUGGCCUUCAUCCACUACUCCUCCUUUGAUGGGUUUGAUAAGACAUUUGCAGCUGGUAUCCUCUUCUUCAUCUCCUGCUUCUUUGUGUUGCUGGCAAUGGCUAUCUACACAGGAGUGACAGUGAACUACUAUGGCAAACGCUAUGGCAGCUGGCGAUUCUCCUGGUCCUAUAUAAUGGGCUGGUUGGCGGUGGUCCUCACAUUCUUCUCAGGAAUCUUCUACAUGUGUGCCUAUCGGAUGCAUGAAUGCCCAAGAAACUCUAACUCGCGCUGACUUGCCAAAGACUUACACACAAACCUACACAUAUACCAGCACCAGCC